GCGCAGGCGCCCUCUGGUCGUUGGUGGAAGGCGGACGCCGAUUGGUCGCUCUGGGAAGGGCGGCGAUUGGCAGGAGGACUCCUUGGGGCGGUUCCUCCACAGGAAAACCUCUAGAGAAGAAAGGGCAUGAAGCCUCCACUUCCGGAAACGAAACUGGCAACGAGGGAAGCUCCUGAAUCGGCGACGAAAAAGCCCGGAUGAUGCAGGAGGACGGAGGAGCCCGGCGGGGGAAGGAAGGAAGCGCCGCCCGAGAGGAGGAGGAGGAGGAGGAGAGCGGGCCCCGCGGAGCAGCCCUGCCCGGUCCCGGCGCGGCUUCCCCAGGAGACGGCGGGGAAAGGCCGGGGGGCUCCGGGGCUGCAGGAGGGCUGAGCCCAGGGGGAGGCCGGGAAAGGCGGCUGCCUGGAGGGCGAUGCGGGGAGGAGGAAACGGGCGGAGACCCCGAGACGGUCCUGGAGGGCGGAGGCUCCUUCGGAAGACCUGGGAGGCCCCCAAGGAUCCAGGAGGGUGGAAAGGAACAUCAGUGCCCAGAAUGUGGAAAGUCCUUCAAAAGAAAUGUAGAUCUUCAGAGUCAUCGAAGGAUCCACACACGAGAGAAACUGUAUAAAUGCCUGGAGUGUGGAAAGAGCUUCAAUUGGAGCAGCAACCUUUAUAGACAUCAAAGGAGCCAUACAGGAGAAAAACGUCAUAAAUGCCUAGAAUGUGGAAAGAGCUUCAGUCAGAGGAGCAGCCUUUAUGUACAUCAAGGAAUCCACUCAGGAGCGAAACCCUAUAAAUGCCUGGAAUGUGGAAAGGCUUUCAAUAGCAGAGGAACGCUGUAUGGACAUCAAAGGAUCCACACGGGAGAAAAACCAUAUAAAUGCCUUGAAUGUGGAAAGAGCUUCAGUCAGACGGGAAGUCUUUAUAGACAUCAAAGGAUCCACUUUGGGGACAAACUGAAUAAAUGCCUGGAGGGCGGACAGGCCUUUGGAAGACGUGGAAAUCCCCAAAGGAUCCAGGAGGGAGGAAAGGAAUAUCAGUGCCCGGAAUGUGGAAAAACCUUCAAAACAAAUAGAGGUCUUCAAAGGCAUCGAAGGAGCCACUCAGGAGAAAAACCUCACAAAUGCCUUGAAUGUGGAAAGAGCUUCUUGAGCAGCAGCCUUUAUAAACAUCAAAGGAUACACACGGGAGAAAAACCUUAUAAAUGCCUUGAAUGUGGAAAGAGCUUCAGUCAAAGCAGCCACCUUUAUAGACAUCAAAGGAUCCACUUUGGAGAAAAGCUGAAUAAAUGCCUGGAGGAUGGACGGGCCUUCGGAAGAUUCGAGAAUCCCCAAAGGAUUCAGAAGGAAGGAAAGGAAUAUCAGUGCCCGGAAUGUGGGAAGACCUUCAGAACAAAUAGAGAUCUUCAAAGGCAUCUAACGAUCCACUCAGGAGAAAAACCACAUAAAUGCCUUGAGUGUGGAAAGAACUUCAGUCAAAGCAGCAACCUUUAUCGACAUCAAAGGAUCCACACAGGAGAAAAACCAUAUAAAUGCUUUGAGUGUGGAAAGAGCUUCAGUCAGAGAGGAAACUUUUAUGAACAUCAAAGGAUCCACACGGGAGAAAAACCAUAUAAAUGUUUUGAGUGUGGAAAGUGCUUCAGUCAGAGCAGCAACCUUUAUGAACAUCAAAGGAUCCAUACAGGAGAAAAACCGUAUAAAUGCCUUGAGUGUGGAAAGAGCUUCUGUUCCAGCAGCCGCCUUUAUAGACAUCAAAGGAUCCACUUGGGAGAGAAACUGAAUAAAUGCCUGGAAGACGGACGGGCCUUCGGAAGACGCAGGAAUCCCCAAAGGAUUGUGGAGAGAGGAAAGGAAUAUCAGUGCCCAGAAUGUGAAAAAUCCUUCAAAAGAAACUACUAUCUUCAGAGUCAUCGUAGGAUCCACACAGGAGAAAAGCCUCAUAAAUGCCUGGAGUGUGGAAAGAGCUUCAGUUGGAGCAGCAACCUUUAUGUACACCAAAGAAUCCAUACAGGAGAAAAACCGUAUAAAUGCCUGGACUGUGGAAACAGUUUCAAUCAAAGGAACAGCCUUUAUAGACAUCAAAGGAUCCACUUGGGAGAGAAACUGAAUAAAUGCCUGAAAGAUGGACAGGCCUUCGGAGGACGCGGGAAUCCUCAAAGGAUCCAGGAGGGAAGAAAGGAAUAUCAGUGCCCAGAAUGUGAAAAAUCCUUCAAAAGAAACUACUAUCUUCAGAGCCAUCGUAGGAUCCACACAGGAGGAAAGCCUCAUAAAUGCCAUGAGUGUGGAAAGAGCUUCAGUUGGAGCAGCAACCUUUAUGUACAUCAAAGAAUCCAUACAGGAGAAAAACCGUAUAAAUGCCUGGACUGUGGAAAGAGCUUCAGUCAGAGGAGCAGCCUUUAUGUACAUCAAAGGAUUCAUUCAGGAGAGAAACCAGAUAAAUGUUGAAAGGUUUUUCUGAGAAUAGAAGUCUUUAUAGAUGUCAAAGAAUCCACCCAAUAGAAAAAUCAUAUAACAUGUUUUCCCAGCCCGGUUUUUAAGCCUGAGCCUAAUAUAAGCCCUAGCCAAAAUAAGCCCUACUUAAGGGUGGUGGGCAUGGACAGCACAGGAGGCGGUAAGCGAGUGUGGGCCAACGGUGUCUGACAUCAGCCGCAGCCCAAUCAGUACAGUUGUGGCGGAAGAAAUGGCGGGGAGGCAGAGGAUCUGUACUCACUGCGCAGGCCUUGGGGAAGCAGAGAGUUCGGGCCAGAGCAGUGGGCAGCUGCCAAGGGGCUUAUCUUCUCGGAGCGACACUCAGGGAGAGGCACAGUCCAGAUGCACUGUGUAGACCGUGAGAAAGCCAUUAGUUGGGCCAGAGUUGGCGGUCGGUCUCGGGAGGCUCAUCUUCACAUAUCUCAACUUGCCUGCAGGUUGAACAGCGCAUCAGGCUCCAGCUUUCCCUCCACACCUCUGCAGGUGUUGCCGCAAGAAGAUGAGCCUCCACCGAUUCUCAGGUGCCUCCGGAUCACCUGCCUUCUUCCCCACCUCUGCUUCCGCCUGCUGCUUAUAGAGGGAAUCGACUCACAUGGGCUGCCCGCUUAGUAUUAUCUGCAAAUUUGAUGAGUCCUCCUAUUCCCUCAUUUAAGUCGUUUAUGAAGAUAUUGAAGGUUACUGGGCUUAAGACGGAACCUUGUGGUACCCCCCUGCUUCCUUCCCUCCCUCCAUGUAGAUGGAUUACCAUUAAGGACCAGCCCUUGAGUGCAGUUUGUCAGCCAGUUACAAAUCAAUCCAUCCAACUCAGUCAUGAGUUUCAUCCCACCAUGAUUCAGUAAUAGCAACUAUAUCAUAUGUACCUUCGUGUAUUGGUAUUUCAACUUCACCCUUUCUAUGGAGCGUUUGUAGAUAGGCAUUUGAGUCCUUUACGGGUCUUGGGUAUAUCUCCUACUUUGUAUCUGGGUUUUCCAUCCUUUCCAUCAUUCUCUACUUCCCUGUGUUUUUCCUUUUUUUCUUCUGUCUCUUUACUCCCUACCUCCUAUUAUGAUUGUUUAUCUAGUGGUUUUCGCUUGGAAUCAGGUGCUAGAGGUCUUGAAGAUUGGACCCCUUGCCCCCUCAAUUUUAGUUUAAAGCCCUUCUGAUAAGAUGAGCCGGUUAUUAUUCGAAUAUAUUCUUUCCGGUUCUUGUGAGAUUCAUUCCAUCUCUUGCCAGUAGCCCUUCAUCUAAAUAAUGGAGACCAUGGACUAGGAAGCCGAAUUUCUCUUGACAACAGCAGUUUUUAAGCCAGUGGUUCGUUUCUAAAAUCUCUAGGGGAAGAAAAGACGAGUAAUCCGUGGGCUUGAUUAUUUUAGUACAUUUCUCAGUUACAUCUUUGAUUUUUGCUCCAGAGGGACAACAUACCUUCCUAGAUUGACUCUUCUGUGUGCAGACUAUAGUUUUUAUUCCCAAAAGAACUGAAUCUCCUAUCACCAACAUUUGCCUUCUUUCCCCAAAGUGUUCUGACCCAGCCUUAGCAGAACCAAGAAACCGACUCCUUGUCCGAAACCCCCCCCUCUUUAUUUAACUCCUGUGAAUUAAUGGCAUUCACACACCAAAAAGUCCAGGCAAUAAUCCUUCAAAGGGUUAACUAGACCUUAUCAGUUCCUUGGGAACUGCAAAGCUGUAAAUUAAGUUCUGGCAAAUAGUCUCUGAGGCAUAACCAAGAUAAGCAAAUCUUCCGAAAGAAAUCCGAAUGAUUGUCUCCUAUGACCACCCCUCUCCUUUCCUUCUCUUAAUUCCCCAGCCAGGGAGGGGCCAUUCAGCAUCCACGUGUGCCUUUCUUCUCGAGUCGACUCCUUGUCCUCAGUUGUUCUGUCCUAACAGCUCUGCACAUACGUGCAUCUGGAAUAAUCCCCAGCUGUUCUUCCCCACUGACUCCGAAGGCAGCUGGGAAAUGUCAAACUGCCCUGGUUCUAUCUCUGCUUCCGAUGCAGAGCAUCCAUCAGAGCCUUCCCCAGAGUUCAGGAGUGGCCCAAAUUCCUCCCCAAUCUCCUCAUCGACCAAGUCUGCCACCAGCUCCGCUGACCGGCCACAACACAAUGCUGGAUUGUGACUCCUUUUUAAAAACUAUUAAUGAAUGCUCUUUUAUAGGGUUCUGCAUAUUUUCUUGUAAAAGUGACAUUUUUCCAUUGGUCUUCCACUUUACAUUCAUAUAUAGGGUCAUUUCCCCCCCUCCAGAAACCUUUCAUUCCCUAUUGUGUUCAAUUUGGAUGUAUCUGUUUUCUUCUUUUUUUUUUUUGGUCAUGUAUUUUGAUUCUUUAAAAGAAACUAUUUGCUCUCUAGUUAAUUUUGGUGCAGUCUUCUUGUUUAGGUUGGGGAUUCCUGCUUUGUUCAUUGAGUUUCAAGAUAGAGUUGCUUCCAGACGCUUGACUUUUUCUUCUAGUAAUUCAUUAAAUUUACAUUUCAUACAUAGACCGUUUGAAUCUUCUGUGGGCAUCAGUUAAACAUAUGACAUGUUUUGCAAGUCACUAUAAUGUCAGUGUCUCAGGUCCAUGAUUUUUGUUUGUUUGUUAAGUAAUAAAAGUGUCUAAAAACCUAUUUUCCCUGUUGCAAAGGGUAAAUUUAAGAUAGUUUUACUAAGGUUCUGGACGAUGCACUAUACAGCCCAUCUUGGAAGCAGCCAACCAGGAUGUCUGCUGGCCAGGCAGUGAACCUGCAAGCCAGGUCACAAAACUCCCGGAUGUACUCGGCCACUCCUCUCCAUGUGCUUUUCGCCACAUGAGAUGUCAUGCCCGCUUACUAUUAUCUUCAAAUUUGAUGACUCGUCCUUCUAUUCCUUCUGGUAACCCCCCUGCUUCCUUCCCUCCAUGUAGCUGGAUGGACCAGCCCUUGAGUGCGGUUUGUCAGCCAGUUAGAAAUCAAUCCAUCCAACUCAGUCAUGAGUUUCAUCCCACCACAAUCAGUAAUAGCAACUAUAUCAUAUGUAUCUUUGUGUAUUAGUAUUUCAACUUCACCCUGUUUUUUCCCCUAAACUUUGAGUGUCCGUAUAUAGGCAUCUCAAUCCUUUAUAAGUAUUUGGUAUGUUGCUUAUAACUCCUACUUUGUAUCUGGGUUUCCCAUCCUUUCCAUCAUUCUACUUCCUUGUGUUUUUCCUUUUUUUCUUUUUCUUUCUCUUUACUCCCUACUCCUCAUGAUUGGUAAUCCAGUAGUUUUUGCUUGGAAUCAGGCUCUAUCCCGCCUCAACUUUCUAACUUCAAAAUAAAGAACUUUUUCAAUCAUACAUGCUGGCUGAAAUUGUACCUUUUCACAACAGAUUUCUGUAAUUCCUUUUCCCAUGUAAACAUUCUCCUUUUAAUACAAUGCCCUUUUCAAUGGUUAUGCUUAAUAUGAUAGCUUGUUUCACUAUCCAUGUCUCUGAUGUAACCGAGCAGGAUUUCUUCCAUACAAUCAACUGUUUUGUCCUACUGUAUGGAGUGUAAAAUGAAACCUGAGCCUGUCCUUUGCUCCUUUUUUCAUUAAGAGAAACCUCUUUUGCUAGAUUACUCUUAAAGUGCCCUUGAAUGAUCUGCCAGCUCUGUGCCUAAUUCAAACAAGUGUGCCGUGGCAGAAUCCAGGCGUCAGACCUGCCCCAACCUGGUCCCUUAGGAAAGAAAGACUCUCGACUUCAUUGGAAUGGUGCAAAAGGUGCCUCUGGUCUUCAUCGCCUGUCAUUUCCCAUCAACAGAUGCCCACAAAAUUGUAUUGUCCAUUUGUCCACCUGCCCAAUGCCCCUCCAGACAGCAGGACCUGAUACUAGGGCUAAUUUGGCCUUCAUUGUUCCGGGUGUGAAAGUGCUCCUCCCUGCCUCCCUGUUUGAUAUAAUCUAAGUGGGUUUUUCAAAUAUCAAUACCAUGUAAGACCAUCCCGUUAUCUGAAACUAGUCAGAUGGCUUCCCUGAAUGGUCCCCUUGUCUUCCAGCAGAAACCGCUACAAGAGACUCUCUUUAAAUCCAGCAAAGCUUUGUGAGAUACUAGCCAGAUUCUCAGCAUAUAGGAGGAGAAGUACAUCUAGGCCCAGGGAUUGAGGCAGGUGGUAAGGAGGAGAUGGUCAGCUGACCUGUCGAGUGGAGGGGCUCCUUAAAGAAGGUGGGGGUCCAAAUACAGCCCUGCGAGACUUUUCUGAAAAGGAGGGUUAGCACAUUUCAUACGAUUGCUGAAUGAGAAAAACUCUACUGCAUUUUCCAAGUUCCUCAUAAUGAUCUCUCGCAAAAUGGAAUCGAGCUGUACAUUUAAAAAUAACACAUUUGUCCACAUUUUGUCUGUGCCAUUUUGUUUUUAUUUAGAAGGUUAGUCAUAAACUCUAUACCCAAUACAUUAUGGAAGAUCACGUUGUGGAUGCCAUUUAGUUCAGCCAGUGUCAACUAGUUUGACAGUAAAUUGAGAUUAUUUGAAUUUGGUUAUAUAAAAAGGUACCCUUUUUGUUGCAACAGGUGGAUUUGAUCGUUCAUCUUGUCCUUCUCACGCUCACUUGCAAAUAAGAUGGAUGAAAUACUCUUAAACAAAUACUAUUCUGAUUUUCGCAAUUCAGCAGUCCUAUGCUUCUCUGAAACCUGGUUAAAUGAAUCAAUUGAAAAUAGCAGCCUGAACAUUCCAGGGUUUCAGAUUGAACGAUCAGACAGGGUUCCAGAAACAUCUGGUAAAAAGAAAGGAGGAGGCUUAUGCCUAUAUAUUAACAGCAACUGGUGUCAAGAUUUUAAAAUAAUUUACAAAUUCUGUGACAACAAUUUAGAGACUUUAAUUAUCAACUGCAAACCUUACUAUUUGCUUCGUGAAUUUUCCUCAUUUCUUCUAAUUGCUGUUUAUGUCCCACCACAAGCCUGUGUAAACAAGGCAUUACGAACUCUAGCUGACCAAAUCAUGGAGGCUGAAGCCAAACACCCUGAUUCACUGGCCAUUGUUUUGGGAGAUCUAAACAAGGCAAACUUAAGGCAAGAGGUACCAAAAUACUUUCAGCAUGUCAAUUGUCCCACCAGAGGCAAGAAUACUCUAGACCAUUGCUACACAACACUAAAAGAUGCUUAUCGGUCUUUACCACGUGCAGCUGUAGGACACUCUGAUCAUUGAAUGAUUCACCUUGUACCUGCUUACAGGCAAAGACUUAAAACCACAAAACCAGCAAUUAAAUCAGUGAAGACCUGGACGGAGGAGGCAAAAUUAAAGCUGCAGGCAUGUUUUGACUGCACUGAUUGGAAUAUCUUUGAAGAUACCUCUUCAGACCUGGAUGAACUCACAGAUACUGUAACAUCAUAUAUCAGCUUCUGUGAAGACCUAUGUGUACCUACAAGGAACUUGCGAAUAUAUAGUAACAACAAACCUUGGUUCACACCUAAACUUAAGCAGCUAUGACAUUCCAAAGAGGAAGCCUACAGAAAAGGUGAUAAAAUGCUGUACAAUCAGGCCAGAAAUGCACUAACAAGGGAGAUCAGAGCAGCAAAAAGAAGCUACUCUGAAAAGCUAAAGAAUCAGUUUUCAGCAAAUGAACUAGCAAACAUGGAAAACUCUUAAAAAUAUCACCAGCUAUGGCAAACCUCCUUCCCAGGCUGAAGGUAAUCAACAACUGGCAGAUGACCUGAAUGAGUUUUACUGCAGGUUUGAAAGGAAACUACAGCCACCUAUCUCCACAACCCCCAUCUCAGACACACCAACAACAGCCAAGCCUCCUACAACUGACCCCAUUUCAUUGGGUUCACAACCCCUAGUGAUCACAGAAAAGGAAGUGCAGGACCUAUUUCACAGACAAAAGCCAGGAAAAUCUCCUGGCCCAGACAAGAUAACUCCUUGCUUAAAAGUCUGUGCUGACCAAUUCGCCCCAUCUUCACCCAUAUUUUCAAUGAAUCACUAGAGAUGUGCUCUGUUCCUUCUUGCUUCAAACGCUCUACCAUCAUCCCAGUGCCGAAGAAGCCCACCAUCAAGGAACUGAAUGACUACAAACCAGUUGCUUUAACAUCUGUAGUCAUGAAAACCUUUGAAAGGCUAGUGCUUUCCUACUUGAAAACCAUCACGGAUCUGCUGUUAGACCCCUUGCAAUUUGCAUACCGAGCAAAUAGAUCAACAGAUGAUGCUGUUAAUAUGGCUCUACACUACAUCCUACAACAUUAUGAGUCUCCAAAGACCUAUGCAAGGGUCCUUUUUGUAGACUUUAGUUCAGCAUUCAAUACCAUCAUUCCAGACAUUCUUCUAACUUAGCUAAACCAGCUACAGGUACCAGAACAGACUUGUAAGUGGAUCACAAGCUUCCUAACAAACAGGAAGCAGCAGGUGAAGCUAAGUAAGAUCACAUCAAAUACCUGUACAAUUAGCACAGGACCCCCCCAAGGCUGUGUGCUCUCCCCACUUCUCUCUUUAUACAAUGACUGCAUCUCCAACGUUCCAUCUGUUAAGCUACUGAAGUUCGCAGAUGACACAACAGUGAUCGGUCUCAUUCAAGACAAUGACGAAUCUGCAUAUAGACGAGAGGUCGAACAACUAGCCUUGUGGUGCAACCAAAACAAUCUGGAACUAAACACACUCAAAACCGUAGAAAUGGUGGUAGACUUUAGGAGAAACCCUCCCAUACUUCCACCUCUCACAAUACUAGACAACACAGUAUCAACAGUAGAAACCUUUAAAUUUCUAGGUUCUAUCAUAUCGUAAGUUCUAAAAGGGACAGCUAACAUCAAAAAUAUCAUCAAAAAAGGACAACAAAGAAUGUUCUUUCUGUGCCAACUCAGUAAGCUCAAACUGUCCAAGGAGCUGCUGAUUCAGUUCUACAGAGGAAUUAUUGAGUCUGUCAUUUGCACCUCUAUAACUGUCUGGUUCGGUUCUGCAACCCAACAAGAAAGACACAGACUUCAGAGGAUAAUUAGAACUGCAGAAAAAAUAAUUGCUAUCAACCUGCCUUCCAUUGAGGACCUGUAUACUGCACGAAUCAAGAAGAGGGCCGUGAAAAUAUUUACAGAUCCCUCACAUCCAGGACAUAAACUGUUUCAACUCCUACCCUCGAAACGACGCUAUAGAGCACUGCACACCAGAACAACUAGACACAAGAACAGUUUUCCCCCGAAGGCCAUCACUCUGCUAAACAAAUAAUUCCCUCAACACUGUCAAACUAUUUACUAAAUCUGCACUACUAUUAAUCUUCACAUCGUUCCCAUCACCAAUCUCUUUCCAGUUAUGACUGUAUGACUGUAACUUUGUUGCUGGCAAUCCUUAUGAUUUAUAUUGAUAUAUUGACCAUCAAUUGUGUUGUAAAUGUUGUACCUUGAUGAAUGUAUCUUUUCUUUUAUGUACACUGAGAGCAUAUGCACCAAGACAAAUUACUUGUGUGUCCAAUCACACUUGGCCAAUAAAAAAUUCUAUUCUAUUCUAUUCUAUUCUCUGAAACUUGUGAAAUAGUAUUUGAGGGGAUCAAACUG